AUGUCUAUAGUGCAGGUAGUAGUUGGACGGUCGCAAGGCCAGUUGCGUGUGAUGCAGUCGCUGCGGACUGGUGCAAGCUUGUUGCGCGCGGUGUACAGGCUCGGCAGCGUGAAGGGGCCGAGAGCGAUGAUGCGCUGCGACAAUGCGGCUGUCCCGAGCACGCCUGGUUCACGCCAGUCGGCCCGUCGCGCCGCGGAACGCGUCCUCGUCGGCCCCCACAAAGAGGCGUUUGAGACGUCGUGGUCCGCGGACAUCGGCGAGGCCUCCCCCCACCACCGCGACCUCGGCCACCCAGACUUCCUCGUGGUGGUCGGGGGGGAGUGGGGGAGCAGGGAGUGGGGGGUGGAGCGAGGGGACAUUGGGGACAGCGACCCUCCCACCCCCCCUCACACCCUGUCGCCUGGCGCCUGGCGCCUUGUAGCGCUCCCGGGCCCUGACUUACAACUUCCGCCCGCCGCGGACCAGCCGUUCGCGCGGAGCCGUGUCGCGAGGCGGCACGGUGUUGAUCAGCCGCACGGCCCAAUGGCGACGGCGGGGGGCGUGGUCUGCGCGGCGCCCGGCGCAUGCGCGCGCCCGGCCCGCCGGAGGGGGGAGAUGCGCGCGCAGCGGGCUCGGCUCCAGGGGAGGGGAUGGAGCGUGCCCCCUCCCGCUCAGUCGCGAUCCAGCCGCGGAGCAAGGCUGUCUGCGGGGGAGGGGGCGGCCGGCUCCCUCAAGGUGGCGUGCUCGGUGGCCGUGGUGGAGCGCGGCGGCGGCUGCGGCGCGUGGUGCUGGGGGCGGGCCGGCGCGCUGGCGAGCGGCGGCGACCCCCACCCCCGCCCCCCCGGGGGCGGCGCGGCGCUGCUCGUCAAUCUGCAGGGACCGCAGCGGCCCAUCAAGCUGUCGCCCGUCAAGACCGAGGACACGAGCGAACAGCCCCAGAAGAAGCGGCGGCUGAGUCUGUGCGUGGGCUGCGGCGCGCAGAUCCACGACCAGUACAUCCUGCGAGUGGCGCCCGACCUCGAGUGGCACGCCGCGUGCCUCAAGUGCGCCGAGUGCCACCAGUUCCUGGACGAGACGUGCACGUGCUUCGUGCGCGACGGCAAGACCUACUGCAAGCGCGACUACGUCAGGUUGUUCGGGACCAAGUGCGACAAGUGCGGCCUGAGCUUCAGCAAGAACGACUUCGUGAUGCGCGCCAAGACGAAGAUCUACCACAUCGAGUGCUUCCGCUGCAGCGCGUGCGAGCGGCAGCUGAUCCCGGGCGACGAGUUCGCGCUGCGCGAGGACGGCCUGUUCUGCAAGGAGGACCACGAGGUGCUGGAGAAGGCCACCAACAGCGAGAACAACAACAACACCACCAACGUCAACAACAACACCAGCCACAACAACAACGAGGGCUCCAACUCGGACUCGUCGGAGUCCGGCUCGAACAAGGGCCGCGAGAGCGGCCGGGGCGGCGGCUCCAACAAGUCCUCGGAGGGCAAGCCGACGAGGGUGCGCACCGUGCUGAACGAGAAGCAGCUGCACACCCUGCGGACCUGCUACAACGCCAACCCCCGCCCCGACGCGCUCAUGAAGGAGCAGCUGGUGGAGAUGACGGGGCUCAGCCCGCGCGUCAUCAGGGUGUGGUUCCAGAACAAGCGCUGCAAGGACAAGAAGAAGGCCAUCCUCAUGAAGCAGCAGAUGCAGCAGGAGAAGGACGGCCGCAAGCUGGGCUACGGCAGCAUGCAGGGCAUCCCCAUGGUGGCGUCCAGCCCUGUGCGCCACGAGUCGCCGCUCGGCAUGAACCCCAUCGAGGUGCAGUCGUACCAGCCGCCCUGGAAGGCGCUGUCCGACUUCGCGCUGCACACGGACCUGGAGCGCCUCGACCCGUCCGCGCCGCCCUUCCAACACUUGGUAAGUCAGAUGCACGGCUACGAGCUGCACCACCACGGGCCGCCGCCGCCGCCGCCGCACGACCUCGGGCCGCCGCCCGGCGACAUGGGCCACCCCGACUCGGCCGACUCCUACGUCACGUACCUGGAGAGCGACGACAGCCUGCACCACGACGCGCCCAGCCCAUAACGACCCCGCCCGCGACCCAGACUGGCCGUGCGCGGUCCGCCGGAGCGGGUGCUGUGCCCGAGGUGGGACUCGAACCCGGCGCGCUAGCCCUCCG